AUGUCGGGACUACCGGAGCACCUGGGUCAACAACGGUCCUCCCCACACCUAUCGGUCUUCAAGACGGUUGUAUCGCGCUCCCUACAGUCCUCUCUAUGGCCAACCAUUCUUCGCAGUGAUGCCGUCACUGGCACGGGAGUCAGUCGAGUCGUCUGGGCCGAAGAAUGGACGAGACUGAUCGUGGUGAGCAUCAUCUCCCUGGCGGGAAUCAUAACUCCACUGGGUCUUUUCGAGGCAGUGGUUCCUGACCACCAGCCGACCCCCCAACCGUUUACUUAUGCCCGCGAUCUGUCACCCAUGGGGCAGGGGACGCCGCCUCGAAGUGGUCUAGGCUUCAACCGCAACUGCGACCCGUAUCCAUGCCCCGGGACAGAUACAAGUGCUUAUCAGCUCGACGAAGACGGCCGGGGUGUCAACGUUACCUCCUGGAACGUCACGAUCCCACAACCACUGGUCGAUAUAUUUGGUAGCGGUCGAGGUACGGCCGUCGUCGGCCCCACGGUGUCCAGUAUCUGGGACAUCCAGUGGCGCAACUAUGAGUUCCAAAAAUUUCACGAGGUCAACAACGGUACGGUGUACCAGGUAGGCGCGUACCGACAGAUGCAGACCAUGGCACUGAAUAAUCGGGUGGAAGUCGUGGAGGGACUCAUUGUCAAUACGCGGACGGGAGGCGUGGGUUUUCGCAACCACAGUCUGCCUCCCUGGCAGUCCCAAGGAAGCAAAUGGACGGAGGAUAUCCUCUUUGUGGAACCUCAGACGAGUUGUGUGGCCCUCAACCUCACUGUCGACUUCACUCUGCGUCUCGACGGAUACACCACCGAGCCAGCUAACGUCAGCCUGACGGACCGGGGUGGAUUCUCUCGUCUUAAUAAGGAAUUCCCAUCCGGUUAUGGGGAUGAUUACCAGUGGCCGACGCAAGACAAUGUCGAUCUACAACACAAAGCCUACACAGCAGCGUGGUUGACCAACGUCUACACCAUGUUAUACCUGAAUGUGACCAAUCCUGCACCGCACGCAUUCUCGUAUAUCAACUCAACGCCUGGGAAACAGUUCCCCCUGCGACAGAACAAACUGCCUAACACCAUAUCAUACGACGCCUUAUAUACAACCACACAAUGGGCAGAUUUUCUUGAUGUGGUGAACCCCCUCCUAAAUUGGACUGACAAGACCGCUAUCCACUAUUCGAAUCCUUUCAACAUCACGCGCACUAACUUCACCGAUAUCUCAACCCUAUGUGCAGGUGCAGGUCUCGCAGACUAUGCAAACAUGACCAAUAUCGGUGCAGCAUGUGGCAUGGUGUAUGGUGCCGCGCGACGUACCGACGGAGGUGCUUCACUGGUUCCCGAGCCCGAUAGUCAGUGGACUAUUCCGAUAUACGCCUGUGCAUCGGCAGCCAAGGCAGUGAUUAAGACUGUUGACUUCCACUACAAUGAUUCCUCAUCACAGGGGGGCCUCGCCGGGUUAAAUGUGGAGAACCUCGCAGACAAGGUAUACAGCAAACCGGAAGACCGACCGACAUGGGGCGUCGAAAACACCACUUUACCCUUGCACCGAGUCCAACCGUUGUGGGGGCUCGUCUCUGCAGCUUACGGGACGAGAGAGGACAUCAGCUUGCUACAGAAGGAGUCGCUCUGGCUACCGGGUCAAUGUGGCGUCUCCACAGGCUUCCCUGUUUCGGGAUAUAUAAACCUCCCAGGUAUCGACUUCCAUACCAGAGCCUUUGAAGUCGUUUACGACAUUAGUGGGUCAAUGUCCACGGGCGUCGCGGAUUAUAGCGGGAAGUCGAGCAAUGCAAUGUACGCGCGAUGGCAACGGCUCUCGGAGAAGCCCAACACCACCUCCGCGAUUAUCAACCUGAUCUGGACGGACCUGGUCGCUAACAGCGUCGUUGGGACACGUGGGUGGUCGUCGGUAGACAUGGGACCGGCAGCAAGCGAAGUGCCUGUGUUCGUCUACCGAAGAAAGAUUCAGUACCAUCUGCCGUUUGCAGUUCCCGGAUUUAUCGUUCUUUCCAUUGGCCUUGCAACGGCCAUUCUGAUGGUCAUCCUGGGUUUGUGUGGGCACCGACGGGCAAGGCCAGCUGUGGUGCGCCGGUACCUCAACUCCACGUCGCUUGGGAGAGCAGUGACAAUUUUGCUCGGCUCAGAACACAUCGACAUGCAGGUUACGACUACGGAGUGGCUUAAGCUUGCGGGGACAAAGCAGAUUGAUUUAGGGGGACCAACUCCCCGGAUCGUUGCCGAUUCAGAUGAAGUAGAAACGGGCAAUUCAGAGACGGACGAAUCUCGGAACUCUUGA